GCCUGACGAGGUCAGCGGGACACCGGCGGCGGUCAUAGAAGGGCUGCAAUGGAGUCUGGUGGGCGUCGAGAUUCGCGACGGAACGCCGGCGGACCGUUGGAGACGCCAGAUAACAGGACGGCGACGGUAUCAAUUGGGACAUGGAGAUUGCAAGCGAGGGACAAGUCGCGUGCUCGUGAGAUCUUGGGUCGCGCCCUCCGACGCCUGGUGGCAGAUCCCCUCUGCCAUGGAAUGGGCAUCGAAUUUCAUUUCAGAGAAGCCGGUCUACUCCGAGCCCCGAUGUUUCCCGCCCUGAAGCGUCAAACGUUCGAAUCCCAGCCUUGGUGAGAAGGUAAGUUUACUAUGACGCCCCUCACAGCUCCCAUUGCGAGCUUCGACGGAGCCAAGCCCUUCAUUCAUCGAAUUUCAAUUUCAUUAUCGUGGCAUUUAGUCCUGGUUUCCAGUUGCUAAGUAUUAGCUUAGAUGGCAUGUAUUCAUCGAUUUGAGCAAGGCCAUUUCCCGACGGAGUCGGUGUUCUCUAAUUUUGUUGAAGAAACCUGGCAGGAUUAAGAACUUGGAUAAGAUUCAGAAGGGGUCAAAUGCAGUCAGCAGUUUGUUCGGAGCAAACAUCCUGAUGCGGACAAAAUUAACUUGACUCCACCCUCAGUGCAUGCUUCUUCUGAAGCGAAUGGCGGCUAACGUCAGCUCUGCAGUGGCCAAACGCCCGUUCUCGCGCUCGCCGUCACCACGCGCACCCAAGCGUACUAAGAUUGAUCAUCUCACGUCUGAGGACUUCAAGAAUGGCGUGGUCCUGGCGCCGAUGGUUCGUUCCGGAGCCCUCCCAACUCGACUUUUCGCUUUGAAACACGGAGCAUCCCUGGUAUGGGGACCUGAGAUUGUGGACAAGGCUAUCCUGGUCGCCGAGCGUGUCGUUGAUCCUGUGACCGGUGUCGUCUCGUUCAAUGGAAAGUCGCGCGCGAUGUUCACAACCCACCCGGUCGAAAAGCCGUACUACAUCUUCCAAAUCGGCACUGCCGACCCGGAACUCGCCGUCCAAGCCGCGCGUGUGGUCAUGAACGACAUCUCUGGGAUCGACCUCAACUGCGGGUGCCCGAAGCCCUUCUCGACGCACUCCGGCAUGGGCGCGGCCCUGCUCACGAAUCCCGAUCUCCUGUGCUCCAUCCUUGUCGCCCUGCGCGCAGCGAUGCCGCCCGAGAUCACGGUGUCCGCGAAGAUCCGGCUCCUGCCGUCCCAGGAAGACACGCUCAAGCUCGUCGAGCGCAUCGUGAAUACCGGAAUCAGCGCGCUGACGGUCCAUUGCCGCACGCGGACGAUGCGUGACCGCGACGCCGCGAUGAUCGACCGGCUGAAGGAGAUCGUGGACUUCGUGGCGGGGAUGGGCAAAGGCGUUGCUGUGAUUGAGAAUGGAGACUGCACUAGUGCUGAGGAUGCGAAGCGGAUCCGGGAAAUCACCGGUGCCCACUCGGUCAUGAUUGCGCGUGGUGCAGAGUCGAAUCCGACCUGCUUCGACUCGAAGCCCUUGUGCGACCUGGAGUCCACGUUCGUUCCAGCGUAUCUCCGAGUGGCCAGGUACCUGGACAACAACUGGGGACUGACGAAGUUCUGCGUCUCCCAAUUCAAAACGAAGCAUGUCAACUUCGACAAGGCGGCCCAGAAGCGAUACCGUGAAAUCUUGCACUCGACGAAAGGAUUUGACGGGUUGGAGGAGAUCGUGGGCGACUGGACAGGUGAAGAGGAUUUUAAAGAGAUCGUCAAGAUCAUCGAGGCCAGACCGCCCAGAACCCGUGCCCAGAUGGAAAACCUGUCGAGCAGUCCGAGUCCGGUUCCCUCCGAAUCGCUGAUCUGUACCCCUCCUGACACGGUGAAUCCAGAACCGCCCGGCUCAGGGGUUCCUCUGUUGUUCACGGAGCAUCUGGUAAAGGACCUCGCCAUUCUGAAAGGCGAAGGUCCGCUGACACCUUCCCCCGGGGGUGUCAUGGUGGCGCCUUUGUAGAGUAGCACUCCCUGUCUUGUAAUGUGCGUGACAAUCUCCGGGAGUAGGACACAAGCUCCCCGUUCCUAAUUAUCAAUAUUAAGUAUUGGCAGUCGGGCACAAUACGACAAGCCGACAAGCCUGCAAUAUUUGACAGCUUUUACGAGUCAUGCAGUGCCACGCCAUGUGACCCACGGAGAGACGCCACACAAUCUGAGCAUAUUGCAGCUUGUGCUGUCGUGUUUUUAGGCCGAUUCGGAGCAUUUAGCAAGCAUUUAGCUGCAGUCUGAAUAAUCCUACAUGACAUACGGCGCAAUGACGGGCCACAUUUGACCGUCCGCAUUUCUCCUUCGUCCGCCAUCAUCACGCUUACGCGUUCCACUGCCGCCGCCGAAUAUGAAGAGCGCACACAUUGCAGCAGCGGCGUGUUUUUCUAUCCCUUCCUGACAACCCAAACUGCUGUGCCAGCGCAUCUACGGGCCGACAAACUGGCCUCUCGUGCUCUGCCAAGGUCAUGGCUUCUCGCAAGCCUGACCGUAAAUUUGCCAUUGUUCUGUAUGCCGCUACUAGUAUUGUAUUAGCGACCGUCGGAUUCUCCCUGAGUGUCCUCGCCGCUGUAAUCGCCCUAUUUACCAACAAUAUCUAUAAUACACCCCCCACCGACGCUCGUUCUCUUUCCUCGAUCUCUUCCUCCACCACCGCGCGCAAGAGAUCCUCCAGGCAUAGAACAGAGCGUCGAUCACGUCCUGCUCAAUUGUCCAUGCCUCUUGUCCCGCACGCACAGGAGGACGACCUGCUCUCACCGGUCGACCUCCCGCUGAGCACACCGGUGACAGGCCAUCUGGAACCGUCUGCCCUGCUGCUCACUUCUACGUCGCCACCAUCCGAAGAUGCUGCUCCUCAAGUAUCUACGUCACCACCGCCCUUGCGAGACUCAGCGGAGAUUCCGGACGUGGGGAUUCUGGAGCAUACACCCCAGGAGGCAUCGCUCUCACCUGAGACACGCGGCCGGCGGCGGAAAGGUCUCUCCAAACUCGUGCAUCUUUUCGGUAAACGCGCGUCGUCGUCAGAGCCCGCGGCGCGGGCGAAAUCUCCCGACCACAAUCGGCGCCGGUCGCACUGCGCAUCUGUGCUCAGUGCCGCGACGACGCGCUCUCCACCGACACACCCAUCUCCUAUUGUCUCGCUGUCCUCCCUAGACUCUCAAGCGAAGAUGAAGCGAUCCAAGUCGGCGCUGGGCUUGCGAUCGGCGUCUUCGUUUCCCAGCGGACUCAAUGGACCAGAGAAACAGAAGGAGCUACAUAUUCGGCCACGCACGCAGCCCUACGCUGCGCCGUACUUUGUUCCGCCGCCCGAUAGUGCGGAUGUAAUCGAGCCCCUGUCUCGGGACGAUUUGAAGCGCAGGCGGACAAUGUCACCGCCGGACAGAAGGAGAUCGCUGCUGGGUCCCCACUGAUGUCAGCCGCUGCUCUGUGAUGUUGUAAUAGCAUCUUGAAUCCCCAGCGUGUUCGUCCAAAUCAUCUAAUGUACAAUUACAAUGAAUGUUUCGCCUAUGAGAUGCAAUAAGAAUCCUAUCCAACUCAGAAA